GCUCGGUUAACGACUCAUGCUGCGCAGAUAACGACGACACGACACCCACCCCCGACGCACGCCGCCCACCACCACACGCCAACAAUGCGCGCGUCCCUCGAGAUGGAGGCGUAUCCUCCCGCAGCGGGAGGGGCAGACGAGGCCGCGCACCCCCUCCUCGCGCGCUCGCCGUCACCCUCCCUCCGGCCGCACCACGCGCAACGGCGCCGCAAAUGGGGGCGGUGGGUAAAGCCGCUGUUGAUCCUCGGGCUGCCCGUGCUCCUGCUGGUGCUGUACCACUUCCUGCACCCGCUCGUGCCGGCCCUACCGCCGCUACCGAAAGUCCACCUCGACACUGGCGACUCGGCUGCCAAGGGGUCUGCGCCGUGCGACUGUGGAGCGACGGACGCGGGGAAGAGGCUGUGCGAGACGUACCGGCCUGAACUGUUGCGUUCGUCGCGAUUAGUCGAGGGCAGCGGCGCGCGCGUGCGCCGACUGCUUGCCAAGGCUAAGGACGGGGGGGAUAUCAAGAUUGGCGUGCUGGGCGGGAGCAUCUCCGCAUGCCGCGGAGUCCACCCGAGCCCAGAGUAUCCCGACGGCGAUCCGAACGGGCCAGGCUGCUACCCGCAGCUGCUGAAAGAAUGGUUCAGCGGCGCGUUCCCCAAGUCAAACGUCGAGGUCAUGAACGGCGCUAUUGGCGGCAUGGACUCGAGCUACUAUGCCUUUUGUGGGACACACCACAUUGACGCCGACGUGGAUCUUAUCAUUCUCGAGUUUGACGUCAACGACCAGCCCGACCCCGUCUUCCAGACCUUCUUCGACCAGCUCCUGCGCGUCCUCCUCGAGUUCAAGUCGUCCCCCGCGAUCGUGAUCCUCGGCGCGUGGGCGCCGCAGGUGGCCCAGGACGUGGGCUAUGGCGACCCGCAGAUUGUGCAUUUGCCCCUCGCGCACUACUACGACAUUCCGUACGUGUCGCUCAAGCGGGUCAUCUUCAACCACUACCUCCGCUUUCCGGAGAGCACGGCCCAGACCUUCUGGUUCGCCGACAUGCUCCACCCCAACGCGAGGGGCCACCGGCUGCUGUCCGACCUGCUCGCGGCGUACUUUGACACCGAGCUCUGCCGGCUGCAGGCGCACGGGCUGCCGCACGCCCCAGAGAAGGGCGACACGAUUGCGAGUAAUGGCCGCGCGGCGGACCUCGUUGGCGUCGGCUUCGAGCUGCCCGCGCCGAGUAAUACCGGCUCGGACGGCGCGAGCGACAGCGACAAGGCGCCCGAGGGGUGGGAGGCGAGCUUUGACAAGACCAUGCUUGAGUCCAUUGCCGACGAACAGCGCCACUUUGCGCUGCCGACCACGCCGUAUGCGCUCCCGCCUGUCGGCAUGUUCACGCCCAUGGAGCUCGUGGUGGACCCGCACAAGCCUGACCCGUCGGACGCGGGGCAUAUCCUCGAGCUUGUCCAGCCAAGCCUGUUCUGCGCCGACGCCAACGACAGGAAACACCCCAUGGCGCCGACGGUGCACGACGGGUGGGAGCGCUUCGUGUGGAACGGCGAAAAGCAUUACUGGGUGUCCUCGACGGUCGGCGCGCGCAUCCGCGUCGAGAUCAAGGUCAACGCCGGCCGCGUCGCCGUCUACUACUUCCGCAGCCAGCACUACGACCUCGGCGACGCGCUCUGCUGGGUCGACGACAACGAAAAGGGCGCAGUCAACCUCGCGGGCUACUGGACAAAGCAGUACAAUACGGCCGUGGUCGCCUACAUCGACCGCAACGUCACCGUCGGCGACCACUACGUGACGUGCAAGGUGUCCGACAACACAUCGCACCCGCACAACCCCGACGCGCACCACUUCCGCAUCGUCGCCGUCAUGGCCACGUAGCAAGCACUGUACUACUAUUAUACGAACACUCAUAGACAACACACAUGCACC